AAGCUCUCUCUCUAGUCUCUCGCAGUCUUUUUUUUUAUCUCUCUUUGGCUCUCCGUGAUGACGACGAGAUUUGGGUCGGAGAAAACUUCGAUUUCUCGUGAUGAAUUUGCAGAAGACUCGCUAAAGAUCGUUUCUUUGCCGUCGGUAGAGAACGACGACUCUGUUGAAGAGAUGAUAAGCCCAAAGAAGCAAGUAAAGUCUUCGCCUUUUACUUCUGUUUGUGAGAACGAUGGAGAAACCAUCCAUUCGGAUUCUAUUGAAGUUUCUUUCUCCGAAACGAGUCUUGAAGAAACCGAGGCGAUGAAUGUGGAGUGUCCUGGAGAAUUAGUCUCUGUACCUGAUACUGGUUCCACGUUUCUGGAAGAGAAUAAGGUUGGUGAGGAAAUAUCUGAGAUUUCGACAGAAGAUGAUGUGCUCAAGAUAGAAGAUGUGACUGAUGGGUGCGUUGUUUCUAUCUCUGAUAUGAAAGAAAGUUUGAACUCGGAGAAGAAGGGACAAGAUUCUGAUGUUCAGAGUACUGUGGAGGCUGAGAAGAGAAUAUUGUUGACUGAAAUCGAAGAUGGUACCACGUUUCUUGAAGAGAAUAAGGAACUGCAACAGAUUAAGGAAAUCUCUGAGAUUUCUACAGAAGGCGAUCAAUUCAGAGAUGAUGUGCACAAGAUAGAGGAUGUUGUUAAGACUGAUGGGUGCGUCGUCUCUAUCUCUGAUAUGAAAGAAAGUUUGAACUCUCAGAAGAAGGGACAAGAUUCUGAUGUUCAGAUACUUUUGGAGGCUGAGAAGAAAAGACUGUUGGCUGAAAUCGGAGAUGGGUCAAUCUUCAAGAAGAAGGAUGAUGUGGACGCGCUCGCUAGGGCUUCUGAUAUCCAUAAGAUCGAAAAGAAUGGAAAGGGCUUUAAAGAUCAGCAUGAGAAGGUGGAAAGAGUGAGAGUUAAGGAUAAUGCUUUUGUUGGAAGAUCUGUGAAUAUCGAUUUGGUUGAUGAUACUGCGUUGUUUGAUGUUGUUCCUUUCUACAAGAAAGGUAAAGAUCAUCCUAAGAGACCAGGAACUGAUAAGGAUGCACCAAAAAAGCAUAAGAAAGUUGGUGGAGAGAAACCUAUCGAUAAGGGAAAUGCUUCUAGCAUUGUUGAAAGGAAUGCAUCAACUAAAGUUUCUGACUUUCGUAACCGUGGAGAAAUGAGUGGGAAGCAGUUGCGGAUAAUGUAUUCUAGGAACCAAAUGGAGUCGAUGAGGUAUGCCCACAUUGCGAAUCAGAAGAAACUGUGGAGUGACUUGUAUGCUAAGCUCCUACCUGAGCUUGUGACUGAGUACGAAGGUUUGAAGAAUCACAAGAGGGAGAGUGGCAUCAGUAUCCUAGGUCCCAUAUCGGCUGUACCAAGGCGAAACCGCACCAAAGAAGGAAUGGAUGACUUAACUCAUGAAGAAGACUAUGUUGUAAAAGAGGAGAACACUGAAGAUAAUGACGAUUACAAUAGCAUUUUGAGGCCUGCGUUUGCUGUGGAUGGAGAACCUGAUUUCGAUUCUGGACCACCAGAAGAUGGGCUUGAAUAUUUAAGACGAGUCAGGUGGGAGGCUAAGCGAAUUCCAAAUGUAAAAGUAGCCAAGGUAAAUGGAAGCAAGUACAAAGAGAAAGAGCAAAGUGUUUACAUGCCACAAAUUCCUGAAAUCCCCAAAUGCCCAGAGCACCUGCUGCCGGUGAAGGAAUGGGAGGAGUCGUUGCUUUCCGACUUCUCACACAUUCGCCUGGCUUUAUCACAAAAUGGCAGCGAGUCUUUAGAAGACGUGCUCAUGGAGAUAUUCAAUAAGCGUCUCCACACAGACAGUGAUGAGUCAUUUUGUGGGGUGGUUUCAGAGAUACAAGGAAUGGACUCAGUGACGCGGGUGUCAAAGCUGAGAAAGCGGAUAUGUUUGGUUGAGAAGAAGAGCGGUUUAGAGAGUAGUGACUGCAAAUGGGUAGUAGCAUUAUGUGCAUCAGUGGACACUCCUUUGGAUGCUGAUACUAGUGCUUGUCUCAGAGCUCUUUUGAGAAAGUGUGCGAGUCUUCGUGCGUUAGAGGUUGAAGAUGAACAAGUUAUCAUUAUGGCUAAUAUGCUCAUCACCAUCGCAGGCAGAUACUUUGGCCAAAUGGAAUGAGAGAAGAAGUGAGGUUGUAAAACAGUUUUAAAAUUAAAUUAAAAACAAAUAA